UUAAGAAGCACAUAAAGAGAAGCAAAUCAGAGUCAGUUUUAGUACUGAGAGAGUAGAAGAGAUGGCUUCCAAUUCCAAAGCUCUCUUCUUCUUUGCUUUGUUGUCCUUCUCAGCUGUGUCUCUCAGGCCUGCUUUUGCAGACAAUGAGGAAGACCCAGGUCUUGUAAUGAACUUUUACAAGGAUGCAUGCCCUCAGGCUGAAGACAUUAUCAAAGAACAAGUCAGGCUCCUCUACAAGCGCCACAAGAACACUGCUUUCUCGUGGCUCAGGAACAUCUUUCAUGACUGUGGUGUUCAGUCGUGUGAUGCUUCACUACUGCUGGACUCAACAAGGAGGACCUUGUCUGAGAAGGAGACAGACAGGAGCUUUGGGCUGAGGAAUUUUAGGUACAUCGACAACAUCAAAGAAGCUGUGGAGAGGGAGUGCCCUGGAGUUGUUUCCUGUUCAGAUAUCCUUGUGUUGUCUGCUAGGGAUGGCAUUGUUGCGCUGGGAGGCCCUCACAUCCCUCUCAAGACUGGAAGAAGAGAUGGUAGGCAGAGCAGAGCAGCUGUGGUUGAAAAAUACCUCCCAGACCACAAUGAGAGCAUGUCUGUUGUCCUUGAAAGGUUUUCUGCCAUGGGUAUUAACACCCCUGGAGUGGUUGCUUUGCUAGGAGCUCACAGUGUUGGUCGAACCCACUGUGUGAAGCUAGUGCACCGUUUGUACCCAGAAGUUGAUCCUGAGCUGAACCCCAACCAUGUCGAGCACAUGCUCUACAAGUGCCCUGACGCAAUCCCAGAUCCAAAGGCUGUUCAAUAUGUGAGAAAUGACCGUGGUACCCCGAUGGUUCUAGACAACAAUUAUUACAGGAACAUAUUGGAUAACAAGGGCCUACUGAUAGUGGACCACCAACUAGCCACCGACAAGAGAACAAAGCCUUAUGUGAAGAAAAUGGCUAAGAGCCAGGACUACUUCUUCAAGGAGUUUUCAAGGGCCAUUACCCUUCUCUCUGAGAACAACCCUCUUACUGGUACAGAGGGUGAGAUCAGAAAGCAGUGUAAUGUUGCCAACAAACUUCACUAAAAGCUCUACUAUAACUUAAUUAAGCUCUUCUUUCCUUGUCUGUAUGAGGAGGGGAAGAGGGAGAGCUGCAGAAUAAUAUGGGCUUUCUUUAUUUUAGUGUAGGUUUUUCUUUCUUUUCUUGUGAGGUUGAUGUUGUGAUGGGCAUGGUGGAUGUGGGACAUAUGUAUAUGUAUAAAUGGUGGUGAUGGUGUGUGAUGAAUGCCGCAUGGGUUGCAAUGAUGAUGGUUAUUGAUGAUUCAUGCA